GAACUGCAUCCUUUUCAACGUCCUGCGUUUCCGUGCAAACGGAGAUCGUUUCUGAAAAGUUCCGUCUGAACGACACCAUUAACACUGAAAACACUCCGUGUAAACGAGGCCUGAGGCGGUCACGUGAUGCGCCUCGGUUGACUUUUAUCACGUGAUACGUCAUUUGGAAACGCCCCCUUUGCUCGACACAGGCCUCGAGACUUUAGUAUCAGAUGUAACAUCACUGUCUUGUCUGGUUGUUGCUCUGCUCUCAGUCGGUGUUGCUGGUUUCUCUCUCAGACUGACUGAAGAUGAGUGGUUUGGAGGAAGAGGAGGGCAGAGCAGAGUCUCCAGGAUCCAGCUGUCUGUCUAUGAAGAAUGAUCGGUCCAAAGAUCCUCCUCCAGACUUCAGUAAUGAACCGUCAGACACAAAAGGUCAGCAGCACAGACACACAGCAGAGUCUUCAGUAUCCAGCUGUCUGUCUAUGAAGAGUGACGACUCCAAAGGUCUUCCUCCAUUCUUCAGUAAUGAACCUGGACCCCAGUGUGGAGAAAGAUCCAGAACCAGAGCUGGACUGCAGACAGCCAGUCAGAGCAGCUGUGUACAAACAGAUCCUGGUCUGCAGGAGGUUUUACAGGAACAUAAGAUCAGUCUGAGGAGGAGAUGUGAACAUGUGACUGAAGGAAGUGAUGAAACAGGAAGUAGAACCCUCCUGAACAGGAUCUACACUGAGCUCUACAUCACAGAGGGACAGAGUGAAGAGGUUCAUACCCAACAUGAGGUGAGGCAGCUGGAGACAGCUUCCAAGAAGAAGACCCUCCAUGACACUCCAAUCAGGUGCCACGACAUCUUUAAAGCCUUAACUGACCAACAGAGACCCAUCAGAGUGGUUCUGACCAACGGCGUCGCUGGUGUUGGAAAAACCUUCUCAGUGCAGAAGUUCACUCUGGACUGGGCAGAGGGCUUGGAGAACCAACAUGUCAGUGUGUUGAUUCUGCUUUCAUUCAGGGAGCUGAACCUGAUCCCAGAUCAGCAGUACAGUCUUCUGGAGCUGCUCCAUGUUUUCCAUCCAACAUUACAGAAGGUCCCAGCAGAGAAGCUCGCUGUCUGUAAAUUUAUAUUCAUCUUUGAUGGCCUGGAUGAAAGCAGACUUUCACUGGAUUUCACCAACAGGAAGCUCGUGUCUGAUGUCACACAGAAGUCAUCAGUCAAUGUGCUGCUGACAAACCUCAUCGAGGGGAAUCUGCUUCCCUCGGCUCUCAUCUGGAUAACUUCCCGACCUGCAGCAGCCAAUCAGAUCCCUCCUAAUCAUGUCCACAGGUUCACUGAAGUACAAGGCUUCACUGAUGCCCAGAAGGAGGAGUACUUCAGGAGGAGAUUCAGUGAUGAAGAGCUGUCCAGCAGAAUCAUCUCCCACAUGAAGACAUCCAGGAGCCUCCACAUCAUGUGUAGAAUCCCAGUCUUCUGCUGGAUCACUGCUACAGUUCUGGAGCACAUGUUGACUACAGAGCAGAGAGGAGAGCUGCCCAAGACCCUGACUGACAUGUACUCACACUUCCUGCUGGUUCAGACAAAGAGGAAGAGGAACAAGUACCAUGAGGGACAUGAGACGAGUCCUCAGGAGCUGAUGGAGGCUGACAGGGAAGUUCUUCUGAAGCUGGGGAGGCUGGCGUUUGAACAUCUGGAGAAAGGAAACAUCAUGUUUUAUCAAGAAGACCUGGAGCAGUGUGGUCUGGAUGUGACAGAGGCCUCGGUGUACUCAGGAGUUUGUACAGAGAUCUUCAAAAGAGAGUGUGUGAUCUUCCAGAAACCAGUCUACUGCUUUGUUCAUCUGAGCAUUCAGGAGUUUCUGGCUGCAGUCUACAUGUUCCACUGUUUCACCAACAGGAAGACAGAGGUGGUGGAGGACUUCCUAAAAUCAAACAACAUUUCACAUUUUUUUGGAAUCACUGCUCAGAGAGUUGUCCAAUCUCUGGACGUCUUUCUGAGCAGAGUCAUGGAGAAAUCCUUGAAGAGUAAAAACGGCCACCUGGACCUGUUUGUUCGCUUCCUUCAUGGCCUCUCUCUGGAGUCCAACCAGAGACUCUUAGGAGGUCUGCUGGGUCAGACAGAGAACAGCCCAGAAAUCAUCCAGAGAGCCAUCAGCAACCUGAAGGAGAUGAACAGUGAUCAAAUCUCUCCUGACAGAAGCAUCAACAUCUUCCACUGUCUGAUGGAGAUGAAGGACCUCUCAGUACAUCAGGAGAUCCAAUGGUUCCUGAAGUCAGAGAACAGAUCAGAGAGACUCUCUGAGAUCCAGUGCUCAGCUCUGGCCUACAUGAUGCAGAUGUCAGAGGAGGUUCUGGAUGAGUUGGACCUGAAGAAUUACAACACAUCAAAUGAGGGACGACGGAGACUGAUCCCAGCUGUGAGGAACUGCAGGAAGGCUCAACUUUCUAGCUGUGGACUCUCAGAGACUCACUGUGAAGUUGUAGCUUCAGCUCUGAAGUCCAACCCCUCCCAUCUGAGAGAGCUGUGGCUGUUUAUCAACAACCUGCAGGAUUCAGGAGUGAAGCUGUUGUCUGCUGGAUUAAAGAGUCCAAACUGUAAACUGGAGACUCUGCUAUUGAGGAGCUGCAGCCUGUCAGAGAUCAGCUGUGUGUCUCUGAUCUCAGCUCUGAAGUCCAACCCCUCCCAUCUGAGAGAGCUGGACCUGAAAAACAACAAUCUGCAGGAUUCAGGAGUGAAGCAGCUGUGUGGUUUUCUGGAGAGUCCAGAAUGUAGACUGCAGACUCUGAGCUUGGAUGGCUGCAGCCUGUCAGAGAUCAGCUGUGUGUCUCUGAGCUCAGCUCUGAAGUCCAACCCCUCCCAUCUGAGAGUGCUGAACCUGAGUUUCAACAAUCUGCAGGAUUCAGGAGUGAAGCAGCUGUGUGGUUUUCUGGAGAGUCCAGAAUGUAGACUGCAGACUCUGAGGUCAGUUCACUGACUGUGUUUCUAUUCUCUGUCUUAUCUGCUUAUUUACCAAGUGAACCUCAUUUGUCUUCAGACAUAACUUCCCUUCAACAUGGAAAUUUCUUCUUCUUCAUCUUUUUUUCUUGUCUGAAAUGAAGUGUGUUUUGAUGAAAGGCGAGUGUGUCAGUGAUGGUGAUUAAUCAACAUAUAAAUCAACAGAUAUCAACAAUCAAUCAUUCCAUCAACAUAUAAAUAAUUCUUAUAACAACCAAAAGAUAAAUCAUGAAUGA